GUGCCUCUCGGUGACGUGAAGGGGCGCGCGGUGGCAGCACCUCCCCGCGCGCUGCUUAAAAAGAAGAAAAGAGGGAGCGAAACAUGAGAGCCGUAGUGAGCUGCAGCCACCGCCGGCCGCGGAGGAGACAUCACCCCAGCCAGGCGGCUGCUACUGUCCUACCUAGAGAACAUCCUUUCUAUGGGACAACAAGUGAACUGCUGCUGCCGCCGCCGCCGCCGCCGCCUCACACUGCAGCAGGGGGGGACCCCUUGGCCCAGCUCCCACCACCAGGGCGCAACAGCACCAGUUACUAAAUCUGUGUCACUUGCACAAUUUUAGCCCCACAACUCCUGAGCAUCCUCCCACUAAGCCGGUUUUUUGGGGGGCCGGGGGGAGUUCUUUGCCCUUUAGAUUUUUUUUAUCACCAUCACUCUCCAGCCCUCUCCCCGUUUUGGGGGUGCUGAUUCCCUGCUUUGAAGUGCAAAAAGAAAAUCAGUCGGGGAGGGGGAGAGGUUCGGUUUGUUUUUUUCACUCACACGGUCCAAGGCAUGAUGCUGAAGAUGCUCCCGUUUAAACUGCUGCUGGUGGCCGUGGUUCUGUGCUUCUUUGAGGGGGAUGCUAAGUUUGGGGAGAGUGGAGCAAGGAGGAGAAAGUGCCUGAAUGGUAACCCACCGAGGCGACUGAAAAAGCGAGACAGGAGGAUGAUGUUCCUGGAGCCUGCCAGCGGAGGGGAGAUGAUGUGUCGUGGCUUGUACCCUCGCCUGUCCUGCUGCUCCAGGACUGACAGUCAGGGGCUGCUGCACAUUGAGACUAAGAUAUUUUCUGUUACCAACAACACAGAAUGUGUGAAGCUACUGGAAGAAAUCAAAUGUGCACACUGCUCACCACAUGCUCAGAAUCUAUUCCAUUCACCUGAGAAAGGGGAAGCAUCUGAAAGAGAACUAGCUCUUCCCUUCCUGUGCAAAGACUAUUGUAAAGAAUUCUAUUAUACUUGCAGAGGUCAAAUACCAGGGUUUCUCCAAACUACAGCUGAUGAGUUUUGCUUUUACUAUGCAAGAAAAGAUGGUGGCUUGUGCUUUCCAGAUUUUCCAAGAAAACAAGUGCGAGGCCCAGCUUCUAACUAUUUGGACCAGAUGGAAGAAUAUGACAAAGUGGAAGAGAUCAGCAGAAAGCACAAGCACAACUGCUUCUGUAUUCAGGAGAUUGUGAGUGGUUUGAGGCAGCCUGUUGGUGCAGUGCACUGUGGGGAUGGAUCACAUCGUCUCUUUAUCCUUGAGAAGGAAGGAUAUGUGAAGAUUUUCACUCCUGAAGGAGACAUAAUUAAGGAACCGUUUUUGGACAUACACAAGCUUGUUCAAAGUGGAAUAAAGGGAGGAGAUGAAAGAGGACUGUUAAGCCUUGCAUUCCAUCCCAAUUAUAAGAAAAAUGGAAAGCUGUAUGUGUCUUAUACCACCAACCAAGAACGGUGGGCCAUUGGACCUCAUGACCACAUCCUUAGGGUCGUAGAAUACACAGUAUCCAGGAAAAAUCCACACCAGGUUGAUAUGAGAACAGCAAGAGUGUUUCUAGAAGUAGCAGAGCUACACCGAAAACAUCUAGGAGGACAGCUUCUGUUUGGCCCAGAUGGCUUCUUAUACAUUUUCCUUGGUGAUGGAAUGAUCACUCUAGAUGAUAUGGAGGAGAUGGAUGGUUUAAGUGAUUUUACAGGUUCUGUAUUACGUCUGGACGUAGAUACUGAUUUGUGCAAUGUUCCUUAUUCCAUACCACGGAGCAACCCACACUUUAACAGCACCAAUCAACCCCCUGAAAUUUUUGCACAUGGACUCCACAAUCCAGGCAGGUGUGCCGUGGAUCGCCACCCAACAGAUCUAAAUAUUAAUUUAACAAUACUUUGCUCAGACUCAAAUGGAAAAAAUAGAUCUUCAGCAAGAAUCUUGCAAAUAGUAAAGGGGAAAGACUAUGAGAGCGAGCCUUCACUUCUAGAAUUCAAACCAUUCAGUAGUGGACCAUUGGUCAGUGGAUUUGUAUACCGAGGUUGCCAAUCUCAGAGACUUUAUGGAAGUUAUGUGUUUGGAGACCGCAACGGAAAUUUUUUAACGCUGCAACAGAGUCCUGUGACCAAACAGUGGCAAGAGAAACCUCUAUGUCUUGGCAACAGUGGCUCAUGUAGAGGCUUCUUUUCGGGACACGUUUUGGGAUUUGGUGAAGAUGAAUCAGGUGAGGUGUACAUUUUAUCAAGCAGCAAAAGCAUGUCACAGUCUCACAAUGGGAAACUCUACAAGAUUGUUGACCCCAAACGACCUUUAGUCCCUGAAGAAUGCAAAAGAACAGCUCAGUCUGCACAGAUAUUGACGUCUGAAUGCUCAAGACAUUGUCGGAAUGGGCACUGCACUCCAACGGGAAAAUGCUGCUGUAAUCAAGGCUGGGAAGGAGAAUUCUGCAGAACUGCAAAAUGUGAUCCAGCAUGUCGACAUGGAGGUGUCUGUGUAAGACCCAAUAAGUGCUUGUGUAAAAAAGGAUAUCUUGGCCCCCAGUGUGAACAAGUGGAUAGAAACAUCCGAAGAGUGACAAGGGCAGGUAUUCUUGAUCAGAUUAUAGACAUGACAUCCUAUUUGCUGGAUCUAACCAGCUACAUUGUAUAGUUUCUGGGACUAUUUGGAUACUACAUUUUCAACGGGCAUUUAUUUUGAAUCCUGUCAUUUUAAAAAGACUGUUAUCCUGCUAUAAACACCGGUGAUUCAAUUUACUUUUAUUAAUUUAACUAUAAUUUCCAGACAUGUGCAGAUAAUUUUUUUUCAUGUGUAUAUAUAUAUCCAUACAUCGGCACAGAUGUAUAGAUGUACAACACACGCAAAACCCCAUCAUAAGUGUGGUUGCAUAACUAGUGGAAUUUUUGAAAUAUAUUUCUUCAUGUGAAAUAGUUUACACAGUGUUUCCACUUAAACCACAUUUUCAUCAAAGGACUCUUACGAUGUCAUAAUGGAUUCUUUGACAUCCCAGCAAUUUUACAUCUGUAACUAUCUGAUUAUAACAAUAAAGAGAGGAGUUUUGAAACAUUACUGUACAAACUGCUGGAUUUAAUUAAAUUUGGUUAUAACAGUUUUUAAGGUGAAAUAAACUACACUAUGAGAUAAUAUUUCCAGACUCCUUAAUGCAUUCCUAAAUAGGCAAUUCAUUGUAAGAUUGUAACCUUCACCUUCAUCAAUGUAUCUCUAUUACAGAAUGUUAUGCACUUACUUCUUUAUCUGGCAUAGAUGCAGAAAUCUGGUUAUUGCAACUUAAUAUCAAGAUUGUUUCAAGUGUUUAAUAAUUAAAUUAUAUCAGCAUAUCUCAAAACGAGUCAUCCUAGAAGGUCUGCUUUUUAUCAUAUAUUUUAUUUAACAUUGGGCACUGGGUUCAUGUUACAUAUUUAUAUUAUUUUAUUUUAUUUUUAUAAUAUAGACAUCACCUAGAUGAAACAGCUUUACCAUGUCCUGUAAAAUACUAAAGUUACAUUUUUCACCAACUUAAUUGGAAUGACGGGGAAUGAGAGAGCAAACACUCUUAAAUGUGUUGUGGAUCUAAUCUAGACAUGUAUCCUUGUGUCAACAUGUAUUCUUUUACGACGGAUGAAAAAACAACCACCAAUCAAUCUUUGUAGAAUUCCAGCAUAUCAUAAAAAUGUUUAUAAAAAGUGCUUUUCACUGUAACAGGACUGCCCAGAUUAUACAUGAUUAGACUGUUACAGAUUUCACACUGAAUGGAACUUCACUGGACAAGAGCUCAUUUUAGCAAAUCUUGGCUACAUAAGGUGUCACUUGUACAAAACAUUAUAUGACAAUUAUUGCCAAAUAUGGUUUUAAAUGUAAAUGUUCCUUGAAGAGUUAACAAAAAAUGAAUUUUUGUAAAUGUAUCAAUAAAUUUGGUGUACAUGCUG